GCUAUUAAUUUUUCUGACAUGCCUACUGACUCGGACAAUGCCAAGUAUCCUCAUACUAGGAGUUCCGGACUCCCACCGUACCCUUGCCCAGAGAACCCGGGACAGGUAUUUCCCCACACUGAUCCUAAUAAAGCAACAACUCCUCCCGUGCAACGAACUUCUGAACCACUGGUUGGAAACCCAUUCUUCCUGAAUGACGCAUUGGGAAAGCUUGAUAGCUCCCUUGGAAAUGUCAUCCGGAUUCUAGAGCGGGAGGAGACUAUGGCAGCCAAUAAUCGACUGUUGAGGAAGUUGAUGGAUAUGAGGGAUGAGCUGGACGGGAUUCAGACUGGGAAAAAGGUCCGAACGCCUACUCAUGUAUCCCCCGAACGCGACACGGACGGAGGGUUAUUUGUGGAUUGAUAUCCUCUCAAUAUCCAAAGAAACCACGUCGCAUAGCAAGAGAUGAAAAUGUACAU